AUGUUGCUUCAGCACUCCAAGAACACAGUCAUGUCCACUGCAGAGGAUAGUCAACAGAGUGCUGUCCAAGUCUUUAGAAGAAGAGAAAGUAUCACAAAUGAUAAAUCAGAUUUAAGGGAUGAAGAUCAAAUCAAUGAUCCUGCAGUGGCCUUGAAUGAAGAAACACAGGUUAAACUUCACAAAAAUGGCAAAGAAGAAGCACUUAGAAUGGAAAUGCCAUAUUGCACAGGAGAAAUCGACUUCAUGGCUUCUGGAAAGAAACGGGGAAAGUUUAUUAAGGUCCCAUGUGCUAUCCAUCCCAGAGUAAUCUUUGAUGCUAUGAGCAACAAAUGGAACCUUCCUGCUCCCAACCUGGUUGUCUCUUUAGUUGGAGAAGAAGAAAACUUUCCGAUGAAACCUUGGUUACGUGACACCUUAAGGAAAGGACUGGUAAAGGCUGCACAGAGCACUGGUGCCUGGAUCUUUACCAGUGCCUUGCGGGUUGGAAUAACAAAACACAUAGGGCAAGCAGUCCGGGAUCACAUGUUGGCAAGCACUUCAUCCACAGUGAAAGUAGUUGCAAUAGGAAUAACAUCACUGGGGAAAAUUCAGCACAAAGAACUACUGGAAGAUGCAAAGAAUAACAGUCUUAUAAACUACAAAUCUGACCAUAAUGCCAAGGGUCCUCUAUACUUUCUUGAUAACAAUCAUUCCCAUUUUAUUUUUGUGGAUGAAAAAGAACCAGAAGGGACUACAAGUCUCCGUCUUACCUUGGAGAAACAUAUUUCAGAACAGCGCACUGGCUAUGGAGGAACAGGUAGUAUUGAAAUCCCUGUGCUUUGCUUACUUGUGAAUGGAACACCUAAAAUACUUGAGCGCAUUUACAGGGCCUUGGAAAAUUCUGCCCCCUGGCUCAUCUUGGCAGGAUCUGGUGGCAUAGCUGACAUCUUAUCAGCACUAAUGAAUGAACCCCACUUAAUAGUGCCACAGGUGGUGGAAAAGCAAUUAAAAGAGAAAUUCCCCACUGAAGAUUUCUUGUGCAAGGACAUUAUUCAGUGGACCACAGUGAUCCAGAGCAUUAUUGCCCAUCAGCAUCUUCUAACGGUUCAUGAUUUUGAGCAAGAAGGUUCAGAAGAGUUGGAUACUGUCAUUUUGAAAGCUCUAGUUAAAGCCUGUAAGAGUCAUAGUCAAGAAGCUCAGGAAUACCUGGAUGAGCUGAAGCUGGCUGUGGCCUGGAAUAGAGUGGACAUAGCUAAAAGUGAAAUAUUCAAUGGAGAUGUUGAAUGGAAGUCAUGUGACCUAGAGGAAGUGAUGAUGGAUGCCCUGGUGAAUGAUAAGCCAGAAUUUGUCAAGUUGUUCAUUGAUAAUGGGGCCAACAUAUAUGACUUCCUGACGUACAGCCGGCUGCAGAGACUCUACUGUACCAUCUCACCAAAGUGUCUCCUCUAUUCACUUUUGCUUAAAAAACAUGAAGAAAACAGACUCACUUUGGCAGGGAUGAGUGGGCAACAACACAAGGAAAUGAUGGAUACUUGCCCACUCUUCACUCUCCAUGAAGUUUCCAGGGUGCUGAAGGAUUUUUUACAUGAUGCAUGCAAAGGUUUCUAUCAAGAACAUAAGUCUGGAAACAAGAAGAAAACUGAUAAGUUACAUGCAAAAAGGUUACCUGGCCCUUUGGAUAUGAAUCAGAAAAGUGGAAAUCCUUGGAGAGAUUUAUUUUUAUGGGCAGUACUUCAAAAUCGGCACAAGAUGGCAUACUAUUUCUGGGCUAUGGGGCAGGAAGGUGUAGCUGCAGCCCUGGCAGCUUGUAAAAUUCUCCGAGAGAUGUCCCAUCUGGAGACAGAAGCUGAAGUAGUCCGCAGAAUGAAAGAAGCAAAAUAUGAGCAGCUUGCUGUGGAAUUAUUCAGUGACUGCUACCACAACAGCGAGGACCGAGCAUUUGCUUUGCUAGUGAGGAGGAACCGUUUUUGGAGCAAAACCACUUGUCUCCAUUUGGCCACAGAAGCAGAUACCAAGUCUUUCUUUGCACAUGAUGGGGUGCAGGCUUUUCUGACAAAAAUCUGGUGGGGAGAUAUGUCAACAUCCACCCCUAUCUUGAAGCUAAUUUGUGGAUUUUGGUGUCCUUUCCUGAUAUAUACUAAUUUAAUAUCAUUCAGUGAGGAAACCCAGUCAGUGGAAGAUCCAGAAUCAUUUAAAGAGCUUGAGAGCUUGGAUACAGAAAAGGUGUCACCAACCUUUGGGUUACAGAUCAAGAGCAAAACCCUCUAUGAGGGUCCCAGAACACAGAACACUUCUGAAAAUGUCGCAUAUGCAACAUUUGUGUUUAUACGAUGGAAAAAAUUCUGGACUGCUCCGGUCACAGUAUUUAUGGGAAAUGUUAUCAUGUACUUUGCCUUCCUCUUUCUGUUUUCCUAUGUCCUCUUGGUGGAUUUCAAACCACCCCCACCUAAAGGUCCAUCAGUCCUUGAGGUUAUACUUUACUUUUGGGUUUUUACACUGGUCUUGGAAGAAAUCCGACAGAGUUUUUUCACCGAUGAGGAUAUGAAUUUAAUGAAGAAGUUCAAAUUGUAUGUAGAAGAUAACUGGAACAAGUGUGAUAUGGUUGCCAUCUUCCUGUUCAUCAUUGGAGUCACCUGCAGAAUGCUGAAUUCAGCCUUUCAAGAUGGCCGAACAAUACUAGCUAUUGAUUUUAUGGUGUUUGCUCUCAGACUGAUUCACAUUUUUGCCAUUCAUAAGCAGCUGGGUCCAAAGAUUAUCAUUGUAGAGAGAAUGAUGAAGGAUGUUUUCUUCUUCCUUUUUUUCUUGACUGUGUGGCUCAUUGCUUAUGGUGUGACCACCCAAGCCUUGCUCCAUCCUGAUGACAGUCGAGCUGAGUGGAUCUUCAGAAGGGUCCUCUACCGUCCUUACCUUCAAAUAUUUGGACAGAUUCCUCUGGAUGAAAUAGAUUCCUCUCACAUGGAUCUGAAAAAUUGCACAUCCAAAGACAACAUGCUAUCAUGUCCUAAUGACUAUGCUAAUUGGCUUGUCAUCCUUCUCUUGGUCAUUUUCCUUCUGGUUACAAAUGUGCUGCUUAUGAACCUACUGAUUGCCAUGUUCAGUUACACUUUUCAGGUUGUUCAGGGAAACGCAGACAUAUUCUGGAAAUUUCAGCGUUACAACUUGAUUGUUGAAUACCAUGGUCGACCUGCAUUUGCUCCACCUUUUAUCAUUAUUGACCACAUUAAACUAUUUCUAAGACGAAUAUUAAAAAAAAUGGAGCACAAGAAAGAGCACAUGGAAAGAGAUCUGCCAGAAGGCCUGGAUCAGAAAAUCAUAACCUGGGAGAUGCUACAAAAAGAAAACUAUCUGGCAAAUCUAGAAAAUAAGAAAAAAGAAAGCAAUGAAGAAAGACUAAAGAAAAUGUCAGACAAGGUGAACAAUCUUUCAAAAUAUUUUAGUGGUUUAAAAGAACAAGACAAACGGCUUAGAUCUUUGGAAUCACAAAUUAACUACUGCACAGUUAUCCUUUCCUCCAUGGCAGAUACCGUAACCCAAAACAGCUGGUUUGAUGAAAGACCAGCUUUGAACUACACACGCUUCAUAAAUACUGGCUCUGAUCAAAUGCCUGCACCAGAAAGGAAUGAAGAUGGAGAAACCACUGAUCAGCUUCAAGAUGACAUGAUGUAUAUUGAUAACUAA